CAGGCGCGGCCCCUUUAAGACAGUCUCAGCCCUCGGGCGUCGUCACGUGACCGACCCUUUUGUCCGGACAUUCGGGCGGCGGAAGCAGCAACGGUGAAAAAGUGGGUGAGAAACUCAUACAAUAGCGGGUGGACACCCUUUGAAGGGCGACGUUUCCGUGUCCCUACAUAAAAUGGAUUUCUCGUCUCAUCAUACUCGCCUCCUGCAGCAGUUGGAUGAGCAAAGAAGGAGGGAUUUGUUUUGUGACUGUCACAUCCUAGUGGAGGGGAAGGUGUUUAAGGCUCAUCGCAAUGUACUGUUUGCCAGCAGUGGUUACUUCAAGAUGCUUCUAUCGCAGAGCUGCAGGGAUAUGGGGCAGCCCAUCACAGCCACAUUUGAUGUAUUCUCUGCUGACACAUUCACAGCCAUCCUUGACUAUGUCUACUCUGGCAAACUACCCCUCUCUGGACAGAAUGUGAUUGAGGUCAUGUCAGCAGCCAGCUACCUGCAGAUGACUGAUGUGAUCAAUGUAUGCAAGAUGUUCAUCAAGUCCUCACUUGACAUCAAUGAGAAGGACCGAGAUGGUUUCUUCAGUCUUUCUGACAAAGAUGCUGGCAGUAAUGGAUCAGGACUCUAUGCAGCAGGAUGGAGGAGUGAAAACAGCCCAACCCAUACACAUGAGACACCAGAGCAUGGUGGUUUUAUAGCUGGGUACAAUUACCCCCCUCCCAUUACUUCCAGGUUGCAACGUCCUUUUACUAAGCAUCCCCGCAAACCAGAACAUGUCCGCAAACACCGGAGGCGCCUGAUGCCUGAGCCUUUGACACCUGCUUCUGUUACAGCUGUUCCACUAGGAGACUUGGUGGGAGGAUCUGCAGAGUGUCUGGUGCAGGAGGACGAUUCAGCAGAUUGUAUAAAACAGGAGGAAGAACCAUCACAGCCAUCUAGGUUGUGCUCCAAAGUAGAUGAUGAGGACGAAGAUGCCACAACUCGUAGCUGGCCAGACUCGCCACGCCAUACGGAAUCUGGGGGUCAGGAUGUAACACCACAGGCCUCUAAAGCAGAUGAACUGUACAAGACAAUGCCAACAAUCCUGGGGGUUAUGACUGGAUGGAGUGAAGAUGAUUUAAGUCCGGUGAGGUUUAAAUGCCCUUUCUGCACUCACACCGUCAAAAGAAAAGCGGAUCUGAAACGCCAUCUGCGCUGUCAUACCGGAGAGCGUCCGUACCCCUGCGAGGCAUGCGGAAAGAGAUUCACGCGGCUGGAGCACCUACGAAACCACUUCCAAACUAUUCAUGAAGCAGGUAAACUCAUCUGCCGCAGAUGUAAGCUGCCAGUGACAGAGAUGACUGGCCGUGUGAUUCAAGAUGGAACAAGGCGAUACCGCCUCUGCCACCCAUGUCUCAGCGAGGCUGGCUUGGACAACGUGAGCUUCGAUUUUGGAGAUGACCAGCCAUUGAUUCUUCCCCCUGAACAUGAGAGGGGGCAGGGCUGGCAUUUCAAGGAUGAUGGGAGGGAGGAGAAUGGGAGCGAUAGACCAGAGUCAGACCUAGUGAUCCAUGAGGUAGACGAUAGUGAGGAGGAAGAAACAAAACCACAAAUAAAAUGACAAUACGUGGGGCUGGAACCAAACUACAUCGUUCACUAAUACUUCCAGCAUGGUUUGUUCCUGACCCCACUGGCAAAGAAGUCAACAAGAUUACCUAUAAGUUCCUAGUGUUUGUUUUUUGAACUAUGUGUCAAUAUUGAGCUGCUUCCUCGGCUGUUGGUGUUUAUUACUUCCUUUUAAGCACGGCUGUAUUCUUAUGAACACCUGCCAGCUGUUUCCAACAUAGGAGCAAAAGGUCUUACAUAUGACUGACACUUCCAUUCUGUUCUAGCCUGUACCCAUUCUAAAAGGAUAGAGAAAUGGUUGAAGACACACUUUUGGACAGCAUGGCAAAUUCACAACUAUGGAGCAGAGCUCCCGUGAUGUGCGGUUUCCUUCUACCUGAAUAAGCUAUGGUUGCAGAAUACACUAAUAGCAACCAGCCACAGCAAGUGUUAGCAGUUUGAACCAUACUGCAAUGAAGGAUAGACUUUAAUACUCAUUUGACAUUUCACAAAGAGGGCUUUCCCAUUCCUCCACACGUGAUUUUUAUUUGUGCAAGACUGCCAAGUGCAGUGUGUAUAUAACGUUUGCAUAUUUCAGCACCGUAUAUAUUCAUUGAUUGUGUAUCAUGUUUGAUUAGCAGUAUUGUAUCUACCAGGAAGCAUUUAGAUUUGCAUCUAAUUUCAGUCUGGGAAUAAAAACCAGUUACGCUUGUUAAUUAAAAAAAA